CCAGUGGCGCAGCUUGCCUCUGCGCGCGCCGAUCAUUGCCAUCGGCAUGGCCAUCGGGUUGCAUUUCGGCAUUCCUUUCAAGCUCGGUAGUCUCGUGUUCAGUGGUUUCGUUUUCGUCUGCACGAGCUAAAAACACAGAAGUACAGUGAUCGAGGAAUCUCGUUGCUGUUGACGCUUUCGCUUCUCUUUUCCGGUCCUCCGAUAAGCCGCCCGUUCGUUUCCGAGCGCCAGGUCUGAAGCCAACGAGGCACGUUAACACCCUGCGACCGUCCGCUGCGUCUCCCGCAAGUACGAAGAAUGGAAGCUGCAGCCGGUGACGGGGGCGCCGACUGUCCGACGGACACCACGCAGCUGCUGGACCGCGUGGACGCGCCAUGCCUCAAGCACGAGGCGACAAUGCGCUUUAUGCGUACCCAUGGCCGCCUGUUUGUCCUGGUGCGCGGUCCGCCCGGUUCGGGCAAGAAUAUCGUGGCCGCAGAGCUGGAAGAGCUGUACCCGGACAGCCGCGCCUACUGGUCCGACAAGCUGUUCAGCUCGCCCGUCGCCCCCGAGAGGAGCACCAUCACCAUACGCGAGUCGCACGACCUCUGCCUCAGCAAAAUCGAGGGUUUCAUGAAGAGUGACGUGCCCAUGAUAAUAAACAGAAACACGAACGUCAUGGUGUGGGAGAUUGCCAAGUUUCUGGUGCUGGCCUCAAGAUACGGCUACACCGUCAUUCUUGUCGACAUGCCGCAUCAUUUCGUCUUGGAUCCCAAGGUUCUUACGGCGACGAACAACAAGGGUCUGGGCGAGCCGUACAUCACCAACCGAGUGAGGCAGUGGGAAGAGGUGUACCCGUUCGCCACGGGUUGGUCACCGAGACCGAAGGACGCGGCGCAGCUGCUGCUUCGGUUCCGGCAGCUCAGGAAGAUGCUGCACGAGGAAGACCCCACUCUGGCCCCGAAAGACGUCGGCAGCAGCCACGUGUUUCCAUUCUGCCUGGCAAGGGUGUGUGUCUUUGGGCGAACCACAGCGGAGGGCCAUUACUGCAGCAGCGAUAAGGUUAAAAUGGCCUACGGGCGGAGCGACACUGUGCGCGUGUUCGGCUACGCCGUGACUGGCGGCUUCGUGUUCGCCAUGGCGGAGCUCACCGAGGACCAGGCGUCGCUUGUCAAGGGCGGCGACGGCGGCGAUGGCGGAGCGGGCGGAGUGGGCGGAGCGGGCGGAGCCGAUCUAGAGGAGGUGGAUGCGCUGACGCAGCGCAUGCGUCUCAGUCUCAGCCCUCAAAACUGGGACGAUAUCGCCUGCAUCGUCGAUCUUGCCAAGUUCGCGCCGGAAAAAUGCAGCGUGGACGGCGAGGAAGACGCCCUGCGCCGUUCUAAGGACAGGAUUGAUCUCAAGAGCACACAUCCGUCGAGGAUCACCAUCAUGCCCCUGGGCUCGGUGGAAGGAACGGAGUACAGCUACAGCCGAGCCGUCGGCGCCCCGUGGGCUCGGCUUGCUUCGAAGCUGCGGGCCUGGACUACACCGACAGCGGAGGAAGCCCAGAAAAAGGUCGGAGACGUUCACGUCUACGCAGCUACGGCGGAAGCUGCCGACGAGGCCUGCUGCCUCCUGGUUGACGACACGACGGUGGAGCUGGACGUCGUCUUCACGGGCUACUACCAGCCACACACGACCCCGUUGAGCCGAAACACCUGGUCACAGGCGCGAAACCUGGUUGGCGGGAAACCACGAAGGCGCAGCAGCUACGAUCGUUACUUCUGAGCACGUCUCCAGCGCCGGGCGCCGAAGGCAUACCGGAACCGUGACGGGGUAAAAAAAAAAAAAUGUGCUACCUGGAAGGACGCCGUGAUACCGCGGCGCAACAGUCAACUUUGUCCAGUAUUCCGGGUGUUCCGGUCUGCUACAGCGUGCAAUUGCAUAACCUUCGUGCCUUCACUGCACCCUUUUUUUUUUUUUUUUCGCAUUGACGACCCGGUCAGUUCUUCAUUUUGCUUCAACCAUAUGUGCCAAAUAAAAUUUGCUUCUUCUUUGUUUUGAUAA